UUCUUUCAAUAUCCGGUAUAUGUACAGUGUCCGGUACAGUGGCGUUAUAAUUUGCUGUCAGUAACAGACACCUCGAGCUGAGGACCUCUCACUGUUACCCGUGGCUUUCUGAAGUUUUAGCUUUUUAGAACACUACUCUACUAGUUCGACGACCUGCCCCGCCUGUGUGCAACCUGCAACAGCGUUUGCCUUCUGAACAUUUGCUGCUAGACUGUGCAUGCAUGAUAGUAGAGCGUAGACAGAACAAAGAAGGAUGUCGAAAUCUGGAAACAGUGGCUGUCAACUGGCUGGCGCAGCUCAGGAUAAUCGUUGCAAUGUGCAGAUUGGUAUUUCUAGUGAUCAAAUUGCCAGUCUUGAAUUUGUGAGGAAUUUUGCUGUCAUUGCUAUUUGCAUUACAGUCAUUAUUCUUGUGGUGGCUAUGCUUCUGUGGCUUGCUGCUAACAGACUAUAUGCAAGAGAGUCUCCAGACAUAGUUUCAGGAAAUUUGAACUUCAGAAAGAUUGAACAAAAGUGGGGAUACAGGUCAAUAUUACGGCGAGUGGGCUUAGAAUUUACAAAGGAAGACAUUGAGGAUGGUAAACAGUUUAUUAAAGAUUUUGACUUUAUGUAUGCAUCUUGCCUGGAGAAAUUAAACUCAGGCCAGCAGCUUCUUUUUACUAUCGAUGAGAUUGCUCAAAGGAACGGAAGAGACUCAAGCGAUCUCAUUUAUACAUUUUUAGCUAGCCUAGGUGCUUUUCACCCUUUGUCUAAGUUUGAGGAACUGACUGGUAAGAUCAACACAAAGGCUAGAACUAGAGAUUUAUUCAUACAAGGUGAUAACACCCGGUGCAAUGGAAAUGUUUGUGAACGUGACAGUCCCACCCAUGUUGCAGAAUGGGCACUUCUUUCUUCUUCUUCUCAUGGUUUAAACUGCCAACAUUUACUGGUAGAAGACAUUUCACCUCUUUUUUCUUCUCUCAAAAAUCUGAUGCAGGGAAAUGUUCAAGGUACUGUUGUUUCUGUACAGAAGUUUAUUUCUACUAAAGGUUUAAGGAAUGGACAGUGUGUUGGUGGAUUACAAAUGGCAGACGUGGACUUGAAUGGUUGCAGGUUUAGUGGUUUAGACAAAGUUGUAUAUUCAGAUGUGUGCUCACAGCAUGAGAAGAGUCUCAUUCUUCGUAUACUAAUGGAAUUGUCAUAUCGUCGCACAAACCAUCAUGUUCAGACACAGUGGCUUAUUGAUCUUAUGUCCCAAGACAGAGCUCUACAGCUGUUUUGCAAGGCUCGACUAUACACACCUGACAGUAUUUCUCACAGUGACAAAAAAAUGGGAGAAAAUCGUAUUUGCAAGAGAUUUUUGACACUAUUCACACACUGUGUAAGUCUGCAACAAGCUAUACUAAAUAAUAUGAAACUUUCCAAGUAUGAGAAGUCUCGUCAGUUGGCAGUACUUAAUGAUGCAUUGGGAUUACUAGAGGCAAAAGAUCCUCGUGGCUGUAGUCUGGCACGUGUAAAGGCCAAGCUACAGCAUCACGAUCUGGCAAGAAAUAUGCGCAAAGAACUGUUAUCUAGUAGUGAAGAUUGUGGACCUCUAGAAAAGGUGAUCCUGUUGUUUGAUGCUUACGCAUCCACACAAAGUGCUGGGUAUUCAAGAGCCAUACUUAGUUGCAUAGAUUCUUCCAAGUCAUUUGAUGAACGAAUGGAACUUGCUCGAGAGGCUGAGGUUACCCAUCAAGAAUCUAUGAACGAACAAACUAGUCUGCUGGAAAAUCUUGGUUUGUCAUCAGAUGAAUUAUAUUGUACACCUAGUAUGCUUGCUGCUAGGUUUGACAACAUGCUACGUCAUGUGAGACCUAUGCAGUUAUCACAACUGCUAAGGGGAUUUUCUAAUACCCAAACGAUGCUAAGUCACCUUCAUACGGAACUCGAUUGUCUUCAAGACUUAUUUGGAAGAAUUCCCACUCAAAAUCGAGAUGACAACAUUGAAGCAUUAUGUAAUGGAAUGCUAACUGUUGGUGCUCAACUUGAAAGACAGAUUUAUGCUGGGACAAUGGAGCCCUUUGCUUUGGAUAACCCGUACAUUCCAGAAUAGUGAGA